CACAUGCGUAGCCGGCAACAUGUUUUCUUUCUUACAUUUUGAUUGGCUCUCAGGGUUCGCGUAGAAAACGUCAACAUAAUGGGUGCUCUCUCUCUUGAGCGCUGAUUGGUUCAGAGAUCUGAGUGACGCUCAUUCGGAAGAAAGAUGACAGUGGCGCAGGCGCUUAUGACGUUAGCCGGCUCAGCUGGGCAUGCGGGAGAGACGGCGGCGUCGGUGGCAAAAGCGUUUUCCAAGCAGGGAGGCUGAUAGAGAGGGAUCUCCCGGCUAAUGCGGUAUGUCCGUCUUCCACGACGAAGUGGAGAUCGAGGACUUCGAGUACGAUGAGGAGACGGAGACUUACAGCUACCCUUGUCCCUGUGGAGACCGCUUCCUUAUUACACGGGAAGAUCUGGAGAAUGGUGAAGAUGUGGCUACUUGUCCCAGCUGUUCACUUAUUGUGAAAGUCAUCUAUGACAAGUUUAUUUGUGGUGAAGAAGUAUCUGCACCUACAACAAACAAGGAACUGGUUAAAUGCUGAUGAUCAUUUGAUGAACUAUGCUGCUCUUGAAAAAUGCUGUGGCAAUAUCUAGACAGAGAACACAUGGGGACACAUUUAAACAGAGAAUACAGCAUUUAUGUAGAGAACACACACCUGUUCUGAAGACUCUCCACUUGAAGCUUCGCUGUCAACUGCUUCUCAUUAGUUAUUUGAGUAAUUUGGAAGGAAGAACUGACAUGACAACGAUAUACUCUGUGUGUGUGUGUGUGUGCGCGCGCGUGUUCAUAUUUAUAAGAAAUUCUUUAAUGACUCAGAGUAAUCAGCAUGAAAUGGAAUUGGUGACAGUCCUCAAUGCAUGAAGAAGUCAAAAGUGUUUCUUGCAAAUCUAGCUGUUGCUGGCUUUCCAAUUCUGGAUUUUUCCUGGCAGCACAAAGAACAAAGCCCUGGACUCUCUAAUAAAAGGAAGAAGACAGUUCUGUGAUGUUUGCAAAGAAGAAAUGUCUGUAUCACAGACUGACUCAAUUGAAAUGAAACUUUUGCCUUUUCUCUCAUUGGUCUUUUGUUUUGUGCAAUUGUGCCAUGCCAAAGACGUAUAUCUAGGUAAAAUCAGAAGCUUAAUAUGACUUACCAUCCAUCUUGGGGCUGCUGUAAGCAAAGGUAACAGCUGGUAUUUCUAAACAUACAUAAAUAUCUUAUGCAGAGUGAUGAAUACCUAAGCCCACAUUUCAGUGUGCUUAGGUAUGCUUAACUCUGCAUGGAAUUGAGUGGUUCAUUUUAUAUAUCUUCUACAUCAACUAGUGUUCCUAGACAUCCAGUUACUUGCACCUUCCUAGAUUUGUAUCUGAAAUUUGUAGCUGCCUUACCCAUUUUUUAGCAUUGGACUUUUUCAGUUGGAUUUGCAUCUUCAGAGUGAAUAACACUUUCCAAAAGUGUAUAUUUACAGUGGGCAACACCCAGACUAGUUAGUCAUGACUAAGCACCAUUUAAAUAUGAACUCAUUCUGGAUGAGGCUUUAAGUGGAUAAAAAAUACAUUAAUUUACCUUGACAGCCUCUGUUUUAUUUAGGUUUUGAACAAAACUCACUGUAGGUUUUUGGUCCUGAACUGUUCACCCAAACAUCAUGUUUUUAAAUGAUUACAUGUAAUGUCAGUAUAACUAAAAAUCUUUCAGGCUUAUGGUGAAAAUAUUUUAAUUUUCUAAUGUUGGACUUUUAUGAACAAGAACAAGCUGGCUUUUCAUAAAUUUA